AUGGAAUUAGAACACUUUGUAAUAGCUUGUUUGGUUAUAUUUUUUAGUAUCCUAAUCUACAUAGGAAUAUAAAAAUCUAAGAAAUCACAAUAAAAUAAAGGAGAAUAAACAAAUAAUAUAAAAUAGGAAAAGAAAAUAAAUAAUUAAGAUCUAUUAAUUCCAAUAUCAAUAUAUUUUGGAUCAUAAUAAGGUACAGCAGCUCGAUUUGCAAAUUAAUUAGCUGAAGAAGGAAAAGAAUAUGGAUUUAUAACAACCGAAAUAGAUCUUAAUGAAAUUGAAUUUACAAGUGAGAUGAAAUAAGGAAAAGUUGGAAUAUUUUGUAUGGCAACUCAUGGUGAAGGAGAGCCUACAGAUAAUGCAAAAAAAUUUAUUGAUUGGUUAUAAUAACCUCAAUCAUCUUUAAUUGAAUAUAAAUUUACAGUUUUUGGACUUGGAAAUAGGUAAUAUGAACAUUAUAAUAAAAUUGGAAAACUUACAAAUGAAUUAUUAGAAAAAUAAAAAGCUGUUAGAUGUUAUAAAUAUGGUGAAGGAGAUGCCAAUAGUACAUUAGAAGAUGAUUUUAUAGAUUGGAAAAAAGAUUUAUGGAAUGAAUUGAAAAUUUCUUUAAAAGAUCUUAAAAAGUAAAAACCAGAAUCAAAAGAAAACUCAGAAUCAGAAUCAGAAUCAGAAACAGAAAAGUAAAAACCAGAAGAUGAUGAUAAUAAAAAAAGAAAUAAUAUUAAUUCUAUAUCUGGUUCAAGUUUUAGACUUGUAGUUAAUGAUAAUAAUUAAGAAAUUAAUUUUGAUUAAGCAUAAGGAUAAUUUGAUUUUUAAACAAAAUAGUUUUUAAAAGCAAAAUGUAUACAUUAUUUAAAUAAUAUUUAGAUUGUCAAGUUAUAUCAAUUAAUUAAUUAAGAUAAAAUGUUUAAGAUGGUUCAACACUUCAUAUAAUUUUAGAUACAGGAAGAGAAGGAAUUGAAUAUAAAACAGCUAUGAAUUUAGGGGUUUAUCCAGAAAAUGAUGAUUAAUAAAUUUUGGAUAUUGCAAAUUAUCUUUAAGAGAAUCUUGAUACAAUUUAUAAUUUGGAACUAUUAUAAUAAAAUAAUAAAGCAAAAUUACCUUUUCCUUCUCCAUUAAGUGUAAGAAAAAUACUGAAGUAUUUUGUUGAUUUUAAUGGUUAAUUAAUGAAAAAUACAAUAAUAAAAUUAUCAAAAAUAACUAAUGAUGAAAAAAUAAAAGAUUAAUUAAUACAUUUAACAACAGAAGAAGGAAAAAAAGAAUUUUAAUAAAUAGUUGAUAUAUAAAAAAUAACAAUCUUUUAAUUAAUUUAAAAAAACAAUAUCCAAUUAAAUUUAGCAUAAUUUAUUGAAUUAUGUCCAAGAAUAAGUCCAAGAUUAUUUACAAUAGCAUCAUCAAAUAUAAAAAGUCCUUAAUAUGUUGAAAUAGCUGAUAGUUUAUUAUUUGAUGAUUUACCAGAUGGAACUUAAAAAAUAGGUUUAUGUUCAUAAUAUUUUUUGAAUAUAUAAAAAAAAUUAUAAUAAGGAGUAAAUAUAUUUAAUAAUAUUAUAGGAAAGUGUAAAAGUUAGAGUUGAUUUCAGAGAAUCAAGUUUCAAAUUACCGGAUGAUCCAAAUAAAUCUAUUGUAAUGAUAGGACCAGGAACUGGAGUAGCUCCAUUUAUUGGAUUUCUUUAAGAAAGAUAAAUAUUUUUAUAAAGCUAACUUUAAAAACAUAAUGAAUAUAUAUUAUAUUUUGGAUGUAAACAUGAAAAUGGCGAUUUUAUUUAUAAAGAUUAAUUAAGAGAAUUUGAAAGAACAAAUAUUAUAGAUUAAUUUUAUACAGCAUUUUCAAGAGAUUAAGAAAAAAAAGUAUAUGUUUAAGAUUUGUUAAACAAAAAUUCUUAAUGGAUAUAUAAUAAAAUAAAAGAGGAUAGUAUUGUCAUAUACAUUUGUGGGUAUAUAUAUAUAUAUUAAUUUAUUUUAGAUCCACUAACAUGGGGAAUUCAGUUUAAAAUUUAAUUAAAGAGAUUUUAAUAGAGUAUGGCAAUUAAUCACCUUAAGAAGUUGAAGAUAAAAUAUAAAAUAUGGAAAAAUUAAAGUUUCUUAUCAAAGAAUUAUGGUGA